GGAUAAGCUGGGUGACUGUGCGAUACAUGCUUGGGGAAGUCCAAUAUGGUGGCCGCGUUACUGAUGAUUAUGACAAACGUUUACUUAAUACAUUUACAAGAGUAUGGUUUCACGAUGCCAUUUUCGAAGAGAGUUUUCAAUUCUUUAAAGGAUAUAAAGUCUACAGCUACAAGGAGCAGGAAGCUUAUUUGACAGCCAUUGAUGACAUGGUAAAUGUAGACCCCCCUCAAGUGUAUGGAUUCCAUUCUAAUGCCGAAAUUACUUAUCAAACAAAUACCAUGAGAAAUAUUUUGGAUGAAAUUAUGGGCAUUCAACCUAAAGAAUCGUCCUCCGGGACUGGGGAAUCGCGAGAGGACCGAGUUGCCCGCCAAGUAAAGGAAAUGCUAAGCAAAACACCUUUGGCUUUUGAUUUAUUCGAUGUAAAACAGCAUCUUAUUGCAAUGGGAGCCACAAGCUCGAUGAAUAUUUUUCUUCGACAAGAAAUUGACAGAAUGCAGAGAAUUAUAAUUUUAGUACGGAGUAUUUUCAAAGACCUACUACUAGCUGUUGAAGGUACUAUAAUCAUGAGCGAGAAUCUACGAGAUGCUUUGGACAAUAUAUUUAAUGCCCGUGUGCCGACUGUGUUUAAACGCGGAAGUUGGGUGUCCUCCAGCUUAGGCUUUUGGUUCACUGAACUCCUGGAACGGCACACUCAAUUUUACAAUUGGUGUUUUGGAGCUCGUCCUGUUGUCUUUUGGAUGUCUGGAUUUUUUAAUCCCCAAGGAUUUCUGACUGCAAUGCGUCAAGAGGUUGCUCGUGCUCAUCAAG